ACCAACUCCUACCCAUUCCUUGUAUUUGGAGUACGUUCUUUUGCUGUUUGUUGCCGUGGCCCCAUAUCCAGAACCGCUGAUAACUGAUAGGCACCUCUUCACCCUACCACAGGCUGCAUACGCCGACAGCUAAUAUCUUUAUUACAAUCCACAUUUAGAAGGCUGGUGUAGGCAGGGCGAGAAAGCUAGAGCGUUGGAGCCGAAGGAACAGCCCAACAGUUGCCUGGAUAGUCCCAACCCUAACAAACACCCAAGACAGUAUAAUAACCUUUCAGACGUAGCUGAUCGGCCCUUGUAUCCGGACACGGGCGGUGGCAGUGCCCUGGACCCAUGAAGAAAGGCCCGAUUAAAAUCGAGCCUUUCCGGCACCCUAUCAGCGUCGACCCAAACUAUGCCGAAAAGACUUGGAAGGUGCUUGAGGAUGCCAUCCGUGAAAUCCACAACCAGAAUGCCAGCGGCCUAAGCUUUGAGGAGCUGUACAGGAACGCAUAUAACAUGGUCCUACAUAAGCAUGGGCCCCGCCUGUACGAGGGCCUCAUACUGACGCUCAAAGCGCACUUGACUGACAUCGCCAGCAAGGUUGAGGGCAAGGAGGGCGCUCCAUUCCUCAAGGAGCUCAAAAAGCGCUGGGACGAGCAUAACAAGUCGACCCAGAUGAUCCGCGACAUCCUCAUGUACAUGGACCGCACCUUCGUGGUUCAGCAGCAGAAGACGCCGGUGUUUGCGCUGGGGCUGGAGCUGUGGCGCGACCACGUGGUGCGCAACAAGCUGAUCCAGGAGCGGCUGCUGGCCAUCCUCAUGCAGCUCGUCCUCAAGGAGCGACAGGGUGAGCUGAUUGAGCGGGGACUGAUCAAGUCGGUGACUCAGAUGCUGGAGGAGCUGGGGCACUCGGUGUACGUGGAGGACUUUGAGAAGCCCUUCCUUGCGUCCGCAGCGGACUUCUACAAGAAAGAGGCGCAGGACUUCAUCACCUCCUCGGACUGCCCCGAGUACCUACGCAAGGCGGAGCAGCGGCUGCAGGAGGAGCAGGAGCGCUGCGGCGCCUACCUGGACCCCUCCACGGAACCCAAGAUCACGCGGGUGGUGGAAACGGAGCUGCUUCGGAACCAGAUGACAGCGCUGCUGGAGAUGGAGAACAGCGGCCUCAUCGCGCUGCUACGGGAUGACAAGUACGACGACUUGGCACGACUGUACGCGCUCAUGCGGCGAGUGGACAACGGCCUGCCAACGGUCCGCAGCAUGAUGUGUGAACACGUCAAGGAUGUGGGCAAGGCGAUGGUGACGGACCCCGAGCGCACCAAGGACCCGGUGGAGUACGUGCAGGCGCUUCUAGACAUGCGGGACAAGUACGAGAAGAUCAUCACGCAGGCCUUUGCGGACGACAAGACAUUCCGCAACGCGCUAAACCAGGCGUUCGAGUUCUUCGUGAACCUGAACGCCCGCUCCCCCGAGUUCAUCUCGCUCUUCAUCGACGACAAGCUGCGUCGCGGCAUCAAGGGGCUCAGUGACACGGACGUGGAGAGCGUGCUGGACAAGGUGAUGGCGCUGUUCAGGUACCUGCAGGAGAAGGACGUGUUCGAGAAGUACUACAAGCAGCACCUGGCCAAGCGGCUGCUGUCCGGCCGCACCACCUCGGACGACGCGGAACGCAACCUGCUGGUCAAGCUCAAGACGGAGUGCGGCUACCAGUUCACGAGCAAGCUGGAGAGCAUGUUCACGGACAUCAAGACGAGCCGCGACACCAUGACGGAGUUCCGCGCCAAACUGGUGGAGGGCGGGCGGCUGGAGGAGCUGGGCGGCAUCGACCUGCAGGUGCAGGUGCUCACCACCGGCUCCUGGCCCACGCAGGCGCAGUCCAAAUGCAACCUGCCGCGAGAAUUGGAGACGGCCUGCGAGGCCUUCCGCAGCUUCUACCUCUCCACCCACAGCGGCCGACGCCUCACCUUCCAGCCCAACAUGGGCACCGCCGACCUGCGCGCCGUGUUUGGCGGCGGACGGCGGCACGAGCUCAACGUGUCCACCUACCAGAUGUGCAUCUUGCUGCUGUUCAACGAGCAGGACUCCCUGUCGUACAAGGACAUUGAGCAGGCCACCGAGAUUCCGACGCCCGACCUGAAGCGUGCGCUGCAGUCCCUGGCCUGCGUCAAGGGGCGGAACGUGCUGCGGAAGGAGCCGGCAUCCAAGGACGUUGCGGACACGGACAUGUUUUACUUCAACGACAAGUUCACCUCCAAGCUCAUCAAGGUCAAGAUCUCCACCGUGGCGGCGACAAAGGAGGGCGACAACGAGAAGGCUGAGACACGGCAAAAGGUGGAGGAGGACCGCAAGCCGCAGAUCGAGGCCGCCAUCGUGCGCAUCAUGAAGGCUCGGCAGCGGUUGGACCACAACACCAUCAUCACGGAGGUCACACGGCAGCUUUCGGCGCGCUUCGUGCCCAACCCCGCCACCAUCAAGAAGC